CUGACAAACAUGGCGUCGCGUAGCCAUGUGGAUAGCAAAGCUAACGCUGAAGUGGCUGAACGCCGGUUAAGACCCAUAUAUGAUUGCUUGGACAAUGGCAACAACAAAAAAGCACUUCAGGAAGCAGACAAAGUGUUGAAAAAGCAAAAGGAUUUUCUUUGUGCAAAGGUGUUGAAGUCUCUGUCAUUGCUGCGCCUGGGUCGCCAUGACGAGAGCACAGGGCUCUUACAUGAAGUACACCAGCAGCACCCGACAGAUGAGGCAACGCUGCAAGCCAUGGCCAUCUGCUACAGGGAAAUACAUAAACUUGAUCUGAUAGCAGACAUGUAUGAGAAUGCUAACAAGAGCAAACCCGGCAAUGAGGAGACUCUGACAGCGCUGUUCAUGGCCUAUGUCCGUCUCGGAGACUACAAGAAACAACAGCAAACUGCCAUGGCUCUCCACAAACUGAAACCACAAAAAAACCCAUACUACUUCUGGGCUGUCAUGAGUAUAGUUAUGCAGGCCCACAGUUCCCCUCACGACCUUGCCCAGAAGAUGUUCCUGCCGUUAGCUGAGAGGAUGACAAAGAAGUUUGUGGAAGAUGACAAGAUUGAGGCUGAAGCAGAGGUUCAGAUGUACCUGAUCAUCCUUGAAUUGCUGGGUCGCUGGCAGGAGGCUGUCAAUGUGCUUAACUCACCAAUUGCAGAUCGGUUGGUGAGUGAGCUGAAUGUGAAGGAGAUCAAGGAGGCAGAGCUAUACACACACAUGGAGGACUGGACCCGCACCAACCAGGCCUACAGGAAGCUCAUCAGCAAGGAUGUUGACAAUGUAGGCUGGUGGAAAGAAUAUAUCUGCUCAAUGGUUCAACUCUCUGCCACAAACACUGAGACCAGUGGUAAUGAUGUGGAUAACACAGCAGAAAAGGCUCUGGAGUUCAUAGUUGAGUGUCGGGAGGUGCCGCGGAGUCGAGGGCCGUACCUCGCUCACCUUGAACUCAUCCUGCAGUGUCAGCAGCACUCAGACAAACCAUGCAGGCAGUACGGCGACCCUGUGGAGCUGUUGAACAGCUACUACGACAUGUUUGGGGACAAGUACUGCUGCUUCAGCGACGUCCGCGCGUACCUAGAGAUACUCAUGCCACAGGAACAAACCAAGUUAAUAGAAAUUCUACAAAGGAAAAACCAGUACACCAAUACCGAUGGAUCUUUAGUCUACGUAGAAAAUGUAAAACAAAUGCAGCGACAUAUAACAUCUCUACAAUUAUGUCGAUGUUUAGGAUGUCAUGAGAACUUAACCAAAGAAGGAAAACUUUCAUUUGCACAUGAACUUGUACAAAGACAUAACCAUGGUAUUCAGUUUGGUGAAGACCUACUGACUACUGACCUGCAGUACUGUGAUAAUUAUUUGUUGUUAGCUGUAGCCCUCAUGAUAGAAGUAUGGCAAACUGAUGGUGAGCAGGGUAUUGUAUGGCAGAUGAUAGUGCUGCUGGAGCUAGGGCUAAAGGCGAGCCCCUCCAGCUCACAGAUGAAACUGGUCCUCAUCAGGCUCUAUUGCUCCAUGGGAGCAUUUGGUCCAUGUCCAGCCCUGUAUGACGGUAUGGAGAUCAAACACAUCAUGAAUGACACGUUGGGCUAUAUCGUGUCAAGCCACGUUGGCCGGUUGGGACAUUUUAUGGCCGCCUGUGCCAUGUAUGGAACUAUGCUCCGGUUCUUCACUGUCAAUCACAAAGAGACUGCAGAGUACUUAAUAGCAUCAUACAAAUAUGGGUCUUUUACUAAGAUCAAUGAGUUUGUGAGGUUCAGGGACCGCCUGCAGAACUCACUGCAGUAUGCAAGCGCAACCGCUGAGAGGAUGCUGCUGGACAUGAUCCUGGACACAAACAGCCAUGUUAGCACAGAGCAGAUGGUUAAUUACAUGGAGAUUGAUCCUGCCAAAGACAAGACUGACCCUGACCAGGUACAGGACAACCGAGACUUGACUGUGAUCCUGUGCUGGGACCCACCAUCCACAUACAGCAUCAACCAGGCCAAACAACAGUCUCUCAAAGAAGAGCUUGCAUGGUUGAAGGUGCGGAACUUGACACUGCGUAUCCUGGCAGGCAGUGUAAUGCUAGGUCAGAAGCUUGACCAUGAUCACACUGCUAACAAUGGUGUGACUGACGAUGGUAAACCAGCGCUGCACAGCACCCUGGCUGACUUGCGGACACAAUUUGCUGCUCACAUUGAAAUCUGCCAACAGUGCUAUACUCAGGAAAUAAAGUACCCUGUGCAGGGCCCCUUCAGGACGCGGCUGGUCACCUACUUGCAGGGCAACUACCACACAGUGUUCCUAGAGAUGCUUGAUAAUCUCCUCUACAUCCAUUCACUGCAGGACAUACAGCUAGAUAAAACAGACAGCAAAAAAGAAGAGAGAUUGCAAACAUCUGUGCCCAAACUUGUUGAAGGUGUGCUUGAUGGAUGCCCUUGCAAGCUGCUGAUUGAGGACGGGGCAGGGCGCAGGCUGGACCCCUGCAUCCUUGAGACAACUGUCCUGGCUGCAGAGGUGAUCUCCCAUGUCUGUGUAAUGACUGGUGUCUGCUACCGAAUGUUGAAACCAGUGAAGACGGUUCUUACACGCAGGAACAAAAAGAAAAAGGACAAUCCUUUACCUAUGCCAUGCACAUUUGAGAAUUAUAAUGAGCUCGUUGCUGGGCUGGAGGUUGUGUGUGGGAGACUGCACAAGACUGCCAGUGACCUUGACCCCAUCUUCCUUGGCCUUGACUUUGGCCAGCUCAACCUCACCAAACAAACAGAUACCACAAACAACCACGUUAAGGGCUAUGCAGAGAUGGAACGUGAAGUGUGGAAGAAGGUGGAGCUAGCCUACCAGCAGAGUGUCGUGGAAAUCACUGAACUCCUUCAUAAAAAACUCCAGUACCUCGGCGGCAUACACCUUUGAGCCCAUCUGACAUGGGAAGUUUCCAGUCCCUCAACAUUACCACCUGCUCAUCUAAAGUCACCGAGUGUUCCUUCUGGCCUCAGAUGUCAGCUAUGGUUGCCCAAGCCAUAGCCAGAGAGACCUGCAUUGGCCAUCAAAUGAACUGUUUUUUUACUUGUGCAUGAACAUACUUUUAUUUAUAUUAAUGGCAACAGUGGUUUAUCUGAUCACCCUGGCUGUUUUCAUUUAGAGCAAUUCUGAUUAAAAUUGUUCUGUUGACAACUGAAA